CAUGUGACGCAUUUGCAUCUCUAGUUCCACCUUCGUUUGUAGAUUGAACAAACAUCUAAACAACAUAAUUAUCAACUGAAAACUAUCAAUAAAGAUGAAGAACAAUAUUUAUUGAUGCUAUAUUCGAUUUUUGAACGAUAGUUUGCAUUUUAUCGUUGUAAAAUUGUGGUUUUGAUGGACUUUUUGAGACAAGAUUUUGUUGUUAACUGGUGAAUCUGUUGACCUGUCAAAAUAAGUGAAGUGUUUUCACCUCGAAGAUGAUGAAUAUUCACAAAAUAAGCUCCAAACUCUGCAGAUUAUGUGGGAAAGAGAAGGCUCGAGGCACUGAUGUAUUCAAGGACAAGAUAAAGGGGGCAGUCCUGGUUUCGAUAAUUAAUAAAUAUUUUCCAAGAGAGGUGAUCAAUGUCUCGGAGUCCGACAAUUUUUCGAAGUACGUCUGCAUGGAUUGCGAGCAGAAAAUCUGCAGCUUUGAUGAGUUCUGCUUGAUGGUGGCUAAUGUGCAGAAGCAGCUGACCGCUCCAUCGAUUGAAAUCGAUUUUGCUGAGGACAUGUUGAGCCACUUUAAAGAGACUGGACUCCUAGAGAAAGAUCGUACCGAGCUGAGAACUGACAAAAGACUUGCUUGUGAUCAGUGUGCCAAGACUUUCCGAUGUCAGGCGCAUCUAGAGAGGCACAAACGUGUUCACACUGGCCAGAGACCAUUCGUCUGCGACAUCUGCAGGAUGUCCUUCAACCAGCCGGAGGUCCUGGGCAGACAUCGCCAGAGUCACCAAGACAAGAAGGAGUGGCGCUGCAACACGUGCCUGCAGUCCUUCCGCUUCAAAGUCUCCUUGAAGUCCCACAUGUUGAACUGUCACUCGGACCUGGACGCCUCCCUGGACCGCUUCGAUCACUCCCUCACGUGCACCGAGUGCGGGAAGACCUUCGCGACGAAGUACAAGCUCCAGAGACACAUGAGGUGUCACACUGGGGAGCGCCCCUUCAGCUGCAACUACUGCCAUCGACAGUUUUCCCAGACUGGAAACCUCAAGCAACAUCUCCUGAAGUGCACGAGGUCAUCACCGAUGAUCCAGGAGGCGAUCAUUCCUGUUGGUGAUAACGAUCCUGGGGAGUUCCUCAACGAGGGAAUUGCGAAUGAAAUUAGGAACGAAAGGGAGAUAAUUAAUGAGAGAACGUUGAAUGAUUUUGAGCCUGUCUACAUCACUGAGAGCGAAAUCCAGAAGACAAUUAACGAAACUAUUAAUGAGACGAUUAAUUCGAGCAAUGACCCCAGCACUUCUUCCUUCCUCAAGAGCUAUGACAAUCCUAUUUACAUCGACGAGGAGAUUGAAACUAUUUUGGAUAGGGAUUUGGAGGAACUAGGGGGGAGUAAGUACGACGGAGGAGGGGGUGAGAAGCUGGGGAUGUGUCUGAAGCAGCCAGAGACGCCUGAGUUGCUUCACAGUUUAUUGUACGAUGUUUAAUUAAUUUAUGAUGGAUGAUUCGAGGGAUACUUUGAUUAGUGCUGUGUUUUGAAGAGUAUCCAAGUGUUUUUCUUGCAAAAAUUAUAUAAAAAUUUGUUGAAACAUUGGAAGAUAAUUUUCCUAUUAAUCUUUGAACGAUUUGCAAUGUUUUUUAAGCAAUUAAUUAAGUUAAUAAAGUCUAAAAAUCAUCAUUUCAA